AUGAACAGAGAAUUAAGUUUCUUUCUAAUCCUUCAAGUCAAACAAACAAACAAAGGCAUCUUCAUCCACCAAGAUAAGUAUAUUUCUGAGCUCCUCAAGAAAUACUCUAUAGACACCUAUGCCUCAGCCAAGGUACCCAUGGGCUUCGGUCAUAAAAUCUUUAAUGACCCCUCGGGUGCUUCUGUAGAUGAAACGAAGUAUCGUGGAAUGAUUGGAUCCUUACUUUAUCUCACUGCAAGUCGACUAGACAUAAUGUUCUCAACAUGCUUAUGUUCCAGAUUUAAAGUCAAUCCGAAGAUGUCUCAUCUUUUGGCUGUGAAGCAAAUUCUACGAUACCUCAAAGGUACAAAGAAUCUCAGAAUCUGGUAUCCAGCAAUUGAAAGUUUCCUUCUGCAAGCUUACUCAGAUUCAAACUAUGGUGGUCUUCAACUCGAUAGGAAUAGUACAUCAGGAGGAUGUCAAUUCCUAGGUGGUUGUUUAGUCAGCUGGUCAUCCAAGAAACAGAACUGCAUUGCUCUCUCAACAGUCGAAGCUAAAUACAUUGUUGCUGCUAGCUGCACCUGUCAAGUUCUCUGGAUGAAAUCUCAACUCCUGGAUUAUGGUUACCGUUUUCAACGCAUUCCUAUCUACUGUGAUUUUCAAAGUGCCAUUGCCAUCUCUCACAACCCAAUCCAGCACUCCAUGACAAAGCACAUUGAUAUCAGGCAUUAG